AUGUCUUCAAACGGCAGCUUUAACAACAACAAAGUUUCCCCCUCUGAAAAAACUCAUUGUUCUAUAAUAAAAUUAAAUUAUAAUGAUAAUUCAUUUAAAUCCUCCCCUUUUCCAAUUGAUAACAUUCCCCCACCUUUAUAUAACGAAUUUGAAGGGGAUAAUGAAGGAAAUAAAAAUAAUAAAAAGGAGAAAAAUACGCAAUUAAAUAUAGACGAGAAAGGAAGAUUGUAUAGACAGAAGGGGCUCUCAUUUAAAAUCACCCUUCUCAAUUUUUUAAAAACGCUAGUUGGAGCAGGCUUCCUUUCUCUCCCCUUGGCUUUUCGAAAUGCUGGAUUAUGGGUAAUUUAUUAUUUAUGGGAACACUUGAGGGUAUAAAAUGGAUCUUAUGAUAAGAUGUAUUAAAAUAGAAAGGGGUGCCAUUGAGAUAAUGAUUAUUGCGAAGGG